UUUAAGAACAUGCAUGUAUUAUAAUUUAUUAAAUUUUCAUAAAACGUGCUUGUGUUACACUAACAAUUAACUUAUUAUAAUCCGUCUUGUUAAAAAAAUCUGUUAUCAAAAAAUGAAAGCGUGUUUAUUUUAUUUUUGUGUCCCAAUUAUAUUGGCCAGUGCCGCAAAUGCUUUGUCGUUUAAUAACACUGUGGAGGGAUAUCCUGUUUCAUUUUUAACGGAUGAAUGUCCAGGAUCAAUGAACCCCGUAGUAAUAUCCAAAAACCGACUAAGAUUUAUCAAGUUUUACGUCUAUGGAGCAAAAUCGCAUAUGAUAGCUGCAAGAAGGGAGAUUAAUUAUAACAUGAUCAAAAUGUUAGCUGAUGAUCCUAACAUGGAUUGGAGCAAACGCACGUUACUUUAUGCACCUGGUUGGAUGGACAACAUCCACAAUUUCCCUAUGGGAAGAAUCGUGAAAUUAGUAUAUAAAAGAUUAGGAUAUAAUGUUAUUAUUUUGGAUAUACUCAAAUUCAUGACUUACGAAUGGCCUAUAGCAACGAGGUUCAUGUUUACUGUCGGCGAUCUUAUAGGCGAGAUGCUCGCUAAACUCCACACUCUCCAACCCAAGUUCGACCCUAAGAAACUGGAUCUGCUGGGUCUCAGUCUUGGAGCACAUACCUGUAGCUUUAUAGCCAAGGGCUUCUACAAACGUACUGGUAUCAAAUUUGCAAGAUUAACAACAAUGGACGCUGCAGGGCCGUGCUUCAAAAACCGAGGUCCUGAGGGAAGAGUGGACGAAAAUGACGCUGACUUUGUAGAUUUGAUACUAACAAACAUUGAUUACUUAGGAAUGGCUGCUCCAGCCGGACAUGUUAACAUCUACGUCAACGGCGGAGAAUACCAACCAGGAGACAUUUAUUGGAUGUUCUGUGGACCAUUUUGUAGCCAUGGUCGUAGUUAUGAACUUUGGAUCGCAGCUAUUGCAAAUCCAGAUUUAUUCAUAGCCAUAAAAUGUGAUUCUGUACAAGAUGCUAGAGACAAAAAGUGCUUUGACAGAAGGCCUAUGGAAACGAUCAAAGUUGGACUAAAAACAGAUAAAAAUGCAAGGGGUAUCUAUUAUUUAUCUACAUCUAACUUUUACCCUUACGCAAUGGGAGAAAAGGGGCUGAAGAGAGAAACAGAUUAUGUUUUGAGUAAACUAGCAAAAAUGAAUGAAGAUGAAGUGUUAGCAUUAUAAUAUUAUAUAGAUACUUAAUAGAAAAGUUUUUGAAGCCAUAUCAUCCGUAUUUAUUUAGUCAAAUUUUUACAGUGACAUCUAUGUAAAGUAAUCAACAAUAAAACAUACAAUAAAUUAUGAUGUAGUACUGAACAUUACUCAUAGAUGUCGUGCUUACAGAAUUAACUUAUGCCAGCUACAGAAUAUCGCCGAAAUCAGACAAAUGCCGACUAAAUGCAUUAACAUUUCGUAGUUUGUAUGAGUGUUUUAUUUACCGCAUUGAAAAACCAGCAAUGUUUGCCAAUUCGCCAAAGUUUGACGAAAUGAAAUGUAUAGACAGCAACAUGUUUUCUCUGCACAAUGCCGUUUUAUUUUCCAAGUUUCAUGCUAGAUGGCGCUAGUAAACUAAUUUUAAAGAAACUGCGAAGGGUGGAGUUCACACACAAUAUCCAUAACGCCAGAAACUUUACUAGCUUAAAUUGAUAAAAUCACAAUAUUAAUGUAUUAACGAAGCGAUGCACUUUUUUUAAUCAUCGUCGGCCUAGGAAAUACCGGUAUCAACAAUAACAAAAGAAUCAGUGAACUCUCUUUGGGAAUGAUAUUGUUACCUACCACCACUCGCCGCAUGACAUCCGAAAU